GCUGACACUCCUAAUCAUGGCUCUGAUAGGAAAUGACACCCCAGCUCGCCCCGAUUAUGUCCCCCAUUACCUCCUGGCGGGCGACCCUUUCGCCUCCAAGCUGUCCAAGGAGGCCGACAUCGUGGCUGCUUUCUACAUCUGCAUCAUAGGGAUCAUGUCAGCCAUAGGAAAUGGCUAUGUUAUAUACAUGACCAUCAAACGCAAGACAAAGCUAAGGCCGCCUGAGCUCAUGACAGUCAACUUAGCCAUAUUUGACUUUUGCAUAUCAGUCACAGGGAAGCCGUUCUUUGUGGCGUCCAGUUUCUCCCACCGCUGGCUGUUUGGCUGGGAGGGCUGUCGUUUCUAUGGCUGGGCUGGCUUCUUCUUCGGUGUCGGCAGCCUCAUCACCAUGACCGUAGUCAGCCUAGACAGAUACCUCAAGAUCUGCCACCUCAGAUACGGAACGUGGCUAAAGAGGCAACAUGCUUUCCUGAGUAUGGUGUUUGUGUGGCUGUAUGCAGGCUUCUGGGCCACCAUGCCCCUGGUGGGCUGGGGCAGCUAUGCUCCCGAGCCCUUUGGCACUUCCUGCACUCUGGACUGGUGGCUGGCCCAGGCUUCCGUGGCGGGCCAGAGCUUCGUCAUUGCAAUCCUCUUCUUCUGUCUUAUCUUCCCCACCGGCAUCAUCGUUUUCUCCUACGUCAUGAUCAUCUUCAAGGUCAAGUCCUCAGCCAAGGAAAUCUCCCACUUUGACACCAGGAACAAGAACAGCCAUAAUCUGGAGAUGAAACUGACCAAGGUGGCGAUGCUGAUCUGCGCUGGUUUCUUGAUAGCGUGGAUCCCAUAUGCAGUGGUCUCAGUGGUGUCUGCGUUUGGCGAGCCCGACUCAGUGCCUAUCUCGGUCUCAGUGAUCCCCACUCUGCUUGCUAAGUCCUCUGCCAUGUACAACCCCAUCAUCUACCAGGUCAUCGACCUGAAACACUCCUGCGCUAAAUCCUCCUGUUUUCAAGUUCUGAAGAAGCGCACACAUUUUAAAAAGUCAAGGUUUUACACAAUUUCUGGCUCGCUUAAAGUCAGUCCGUCCAGUAAUGAGGCUCACAUUGAAAUGUGAGAGAAAAACAGUGGUAAUCUCCUAUGAUUUGACACCUGUCCAAUCACAACCCUGCUAUCAUCUGUAAAGAUAUUGACCACCGCUCAUCACCCAAACCUACUGUACGCUAACCAGCCCUGCUGUAUCUAUGUUCCUGCUCCAAACAGCUCUCUGUGCUCUCCUACCUCACGUCCCUCUGUUGUUUACAGCUCAAGGCUGUUGUCGAGAUGUAUUUUUACACUUUGUACAGAUGGUGUAUUGUGACACCUGUGACAUGCAUAUUUAAACUUGAACCUUUAUGUGCUCCUGAAAGAUCUAAACUGUUGUUAAGAACGAGGUAUGAUAUACAGAUGUUGGAUCUUAAUUUGACCAGUUUUGUUGCAGGAUUAAAAUAAUCCUGCAGCAGGAGGAGGAUUAUUUGAUUAUUCUCAAAAAAAGUUAUAAUUUCUAACAGGAAAAUAGUUCUGAUAGGCUACAGUAGGCUACAGUUUAGGUGUGAGAUCUAGUGAUAGAAAGAGAAACUGCAGGUUUUCAGGGACAUUAUGCUACGACUAGGACUCUUAAAUGUUCUGUGGAGCAAAGUGAUCAAAUUAAGAUACUAUAUCUGUACAGAGUGCUGGAGAGACUGUGGUGUUGAUGUUGGAGUUAAGCGUUAAUCACUGCUUCGGGCAGGUUUGACUGUAGCAGCACUUUUCAUCAACGGUCAAAGUCAUCAUAGGAUUCUUAGUGUCACUGGAUACAUGUUUAGAGACGUCAUUGACAUCACAAACUGCACACUCCACUGUGAGGUAGCCACCAGCGCAUGUUAAUUGGACCAAAUAUCAAGUCACAGCGCAACAAUGUCUGUUAAGAGUAGUGGCUAUGUGGUACAGCACUAUGCUCCUGUCAUCGUUAUCCAUUCUGUAUUCGCAGAUGUUAGCCUUUACGUCUCAUAUACAAGACAUUAAGAACACCUUCCUAAUACUGAGUUGCACCCUUCCUUUUACCCUCAGAACAGCCUCAAUUUGUCGGGGCAUGGCUUCGACAAGGUGUCAAAAGCGUUCGACAGGAAUGCUGGCCCAUGUUGACUCCAUUGAUUCCCAAAGUUGUGUCAAGUUGGCUGGAUGUCCUUGACCAUUUUUGUUACACACCGUAAAAUGUUGAGUGUGAAAAAUCAAGCAGCGAUGCAAUUCUUGACACAAACCUGUGCGCCUGGAACCUACUACCAUACCCUGCUCAAAGGCACUUCAAUAUUUUGUCUUGCACUUUCACCCUCUAAAUGACACACAUACACAAUCCAUGUCUUAAGGCUUAAAAAUCCUUCUUUAACCUAGAUCCUCACCUUCAUCUACAGGGAUUGAAGUGGGUUUAACAGUUGACAGCUAUAAGGGAUCAUAGCUUCCACCUGGAUUCACCUGGUCAGUCUUUGGUCAUGGAAAGAGCAGGUGUUCAUAAUGCUGUGUACACUCAGUUUAUGUUGAUUUGACAAGACACAAUUUAAUAAAAAUCCACAUGAUCAGAAGGAAUAAGACAACCAUAAAUGUGUUUUUUGCUUUUAUACCUUUCAAUUACUAAAUUAAUUAAAGUAAUUCAAUUAAUGAAAGUAUUUUGAGGUGCUAUUAAGAUCAAAGUCAGUUUUCAAAGUCAGUAACAUGUUUUUUAAAGUAUUUAUACUGUGUGUGCUUGUGUAUGGAGUCCAGGCUUUGAGUUAUAUGCAAGAAAACAAUCUUUAGAAAUACAUAAACAUUCAGUGCAAACAAUUAUCCUAUUGGUUAUUACAACUGUCAUAUUGUCUAUUAUUGUCUUUUAAAUCUUUCAUCUUUACUCUAACUGAGGGUGUCCGCAUUCAACACACUGAAAAAACAAAAGAGGCCCUAGUCUCGUUGACCUCCUUAGAACAAUAGGAAGGCAGAAGGAUCAACACACCUGCACUCAGCCUAAGGUCCUAACAUUGGCAAGAACAAUCAACAAUCUUUAUUUGACAGGAUUUAUUCAAAAUCAUACAACAGGUGGGUCUAAUCCUGAAUGCUGAUUGGAAAACCCCAUUCCAGUUUGCGUCUAUUCCACAAGUUACCACCGGCUAAAUCUAUGACGUUAAAAUACCUAUUUACUCUAUUCCAUCUGAUGGUGCAAUCCACUGUCUCAUCAGCCCAGCCAGGCAAUUUAUAAACUUGAUCUCCACUAUAAAAAGCAUCUAGACAUUAUCUCCUAUUUCUUUUAGACUAACAUU